AUGGCGUCUGCGGAUUCCGCCGAGCAGCUCGUCUGCUCGACCGACCCCGAGCACCCGGCCAACCUCAUACCCUCUCUGUGUGCCAAGUUCUGGACCCUCGGCUGGGUCACCGGCACCGGCGGCGGCUGCUCCAUCAAGGACGACGACCUCGUCUACAUCGCCCCCUCGGGCGUCCAGAAGGAGCUCAUCAAGAACACCGACAUCUACGUCCUUUCCCUGGCCGCCCAGGAACCCCCCUACAAGCACCGCACAUAUCUUCGCUCCCCGCCCCGUCACAAGCCGUCCCAGUGCACGCCCCUCUUCCUCGCCGCCUUCACGCGCCGCCGCGCCGGCUGCUGCAUCCACACCCACUCGCAGUGGGCCGUGCUCGUCACCCUGCUCCUCGAGCAGGAUCGGCGGGGCGCCGGAAGCAACGUCUUCGAGAUCAACAACAUGGAGCAGAUCAAGGGUUUCGGCCGAGGCCUAGGCCGGCAGGGCAACCUCGGAUACCAUGACACCCUCCGCAUCCCCGUCAUCGAGAACACGCCGCACGAGGAGGACCUGACCGAAUUCCUCGAGGCUGCCAUGGACGAGUAUCCGGACACGUACGCCGUGCUGGUGAGGAGGCACGGCGUCUACGUCUGGGGCGACGACGUCCACAAGGCCAAAACCCAAUGCGAGAGCCUCGACUAUCUCUUCCAGCUGGCCGUCGAGAUGAAGAAGCUCGGCAUUCCCUGGAUCAGCAACGUCCCCCGUGUCGCGCCAGAGCGACCCUAG